UUUUUUCAUAAUAAAUUUGUUGAUUUUUUUUGCGCUCUAAAAUGGGCGCAGAAAUUACCGACAGUCACUGGCUUAAUUGGUGCCGCCUGUGCGGCAAGGGCGACUUACAAGGAAAUGUAAAGGUUUGCAGCAAUGAGGACGAGAAUUCAUGGAAUAGUGUGCUAGUCAUGGCUAUCAGGAAGUAUUUUGAUGUGCAGAUGCUGCUGGAGGAUGAGCUCAGCGGCGUGCUGUGCAAGGAAUGCUAUACGCUUAUAAGUGAACUAAUCGAUUUUGCCGAGCAUGUAAGCAAAGUUCAAACGUUUUUUGAAAUACUGCGUCAUUCGGAACCCAAUAAGCAGCACAACGUGGAAGUGUUGCGGCGUCAGCUUGAACUGCGAGAUGGAGACUGGACUCACAUAAUAAAACCUGACGCUGAGAGUCAAACUGUCAAAUGCACCAAAGAGAAAAUCCCAAACGAAGAGCAGCAGCAUGUAUUAAAGCAGGAGCUUGUAGACAUGGAUGGCACUGAUAAUGAGACAGUUGUUCAUCUACCCAUUGAGGAGGUUUUGGUGGCUGGCUGUGAGGCUGCAGACGUUCUAGAGAAUGACAACAAAAGAACUCGUGGUCGUCGUAAAUUAAAGAGAACAAAUGCCACAUCUGUUUUUUCCAAAGCUUCAACCAAAAAGAGAGAAUUCAAUCAAAAGGAGCCCAUUGCCGAGUCAGAUACGUCGUCCACAUAUAUUUCACAAGAUGUCACUGAAUCUGAUAGCCCUGAUUGUGAACUGGGCUCGAUUAAACGUACAUCCUUAGAAUGCGACUGGUGCGGUAAAUUGUACAAGAAUCCAGCCUCGUACGAAAAGCACAAAGAGCGUGGUUGCCGCAGGAUCGAGCAACGGCCAAGGGUGGAUAAGAAUACAUACUGCGAUAUCUGUAAUAAGACAUUAUCUUCUGCGGCAGCCUUGAAGCUGCACAAAGACGGAAUACACGGCGAUAUCAAGCCCUUUGUAUGUGACCACUGUGGCAAGCAAUUAAAGACUAAGACGGCACUCAAUGAGCACAAGCUGGUGCACACUGAGGACAGACCCUUCACUUGUAAAGUGUGCAAUGCUGGCUUUAAGAAUCGCGCGCGUCUUAAAAUGCAUCACCAAAUACACGAAGAACCCAACUAUACAUGCAACAUUUGUGGCAAGAAGCUGCAAACCCGCCGCACUUGGAACAUGCACAAAUUGGUGCACAGUGAGGAGCGUAAGUUCAAGUGCAAUGUAUGCGGGGCACACUUCAAACGCUCGAAAACUCUCAAAACUCAUCUGCUAAGUCAUACAGGGCUGCGCCCUUAUGUGUGUACUUAUUGUGGGCAAACAUUUGCCUGCAAUGCCAAUUGUCGGGCUCACAAGAUGAAGAAACAUCCGCUGGAGUUGGCAAAAGAAGAUGGAGCCGGCCCAGCGACAAGAGUCAAUGUACCCACACUAGACGAGCUGCGCGUCAUGUCUCAGAAAAUACCCAAGUUAAUCGACGAUUCGUUGGAUUAAUACGUAUUUGCAGUGUAAAUAUUCUUAUAAUAAUAAAUACAGCAUUUUUAAAUGUUAAUAAG